UCUACAUAUCCUACUAGACAAUACUUCACGAACUUAUCACAUAUUCGAUUUCUAACAUUGUUCUUAAUGUAGCUCAAAGUAGAAAAGACUCUUUCAACACUUGCCAUGUAACCAUAAAAUCAAUUCAAAAUUAAGGGUAGCGUGUACGUAGAAAUAGCGUUUUACUGUUGCAUGAUGUUUAAAAUAGAAUAACAAAUGAGUAGCAACAUAAUUGAAAUAUGUUUGAUAAUAGUAGUGUCCUAGGUUGGAAUAACACGGACUACCACUUAUAUUUUAUUAAUCAUAAGCAAACUAUUAUCGAGGGUAGGAUAAUCAUUUUUUCAAAUGUUAGGGUGUCCCGGAUUACCAAUUAUAUUUUGUAUACACAUACGAAAUUACUACCGGAGGUUGGAUAAUCGUUUCCCCAAAUUUUAGGGGUGUCCCGGGACACCCCUAGAGGCCCAUGUAUCCGCCCCUGCCUAGAAUGCUUAACUUACAUAGCAAUGUUAGUUGUAUAUGAUGAUGUACUGUGGGAUCCCUUAUUAUUUCAGGUAUAGUUGGAUGGACUUAAAUUAUUUUUACACUUGACUAUUUUCAAAUUUAGGAUGGUAGAGUUUUGCACCAGUUUCUCAAAUUUGCCAUGAGUGAAUGUCUAACCAGUGGUUCUGAUUAAAUUGUUGUAGGGGGAUUUGUGUGCUUUAGUAGGAACUCUACCUAAAAUUUGCAAUAGGUUAUGGGUUUAGUAAAAUGUUGGGUGAUAAGGAUAACAAUGAUUGUCAGAAAGGCUAGGGAUUGAUACAUUAGCCGUCUACCACUGUUGGCCUAAAUGUUUCGUAGAGGGCCCUUCCUCCGCUCCCUUCAUCUCUAUCGUCGUUCUCCGUCCUCUCCUUUCAUUGGGAAGCCAGGAUCAAACGGUUGUUUUGCAUGUCAGUGGUUGGAUGACGUCCAAGUGGAUGUCAGUGGGCAAAUUCAGUGUCGAAUAGGGAUUGUGUCGGAGGUAGCUAGAUCCACCCAUAUCCUCCUGCUCUCCAUGUCUGAGAUUCGACGUCGGCGGCUGUAAUGUUCUAACGAAGAAAUUGGGGUGUUAAAGUGCUUCCUCUAGAAAUGCCACUAUCAACUUCUCUCUGUCGAGGUAAUUUCAGCUACAAACCCAAGCUCGAUUCACGCCAGCAAACGAAAUCACCUUCUGCGUUAUGCGUAUAAAAGGCAGUUUAAAUCACACAGACCCACGAAAGCGUUUCAGCGAAAACUCCAUUAGCAGCUUCUCUCUUUCAAGGUAAUUCUCAGCCAUCAACCAGCCAGCUUUUGAUAUUUGUUUCUAUCGGUCUGCCAUUUCGCUUCUUUAUUUUAGCUAUAUGCUUCCCUCCUAUUAUGUUCGUGAAAGGUUUUUGAUUUGUGUCUGAUGAAGCACGAUUGGAAAUCUUAAGAUGAUCAAUUUUAUGCUUUUGUAGCAAUAAGUUAAUCCCUUGAAGAAAUUCUAAUUACUAUUUUAAUUUAAUGCAUAAUUGUUUUAGUUUUGUUUGUAUCUAAUAGUAAACCAAGUUAAUAAUACCAAUAUAAAGAAAUAAUUUUAAGCAAUUUAUGAUACAAUAAAUAGGGCAAAUUCUUUUAAUACGAAACAUGUAUAGGCCGUAGUGAGUUAGGAUAAUCUGAUUAACAAAAAUACAUAUGAACUAAUUGUUAUCAAUGUCACAAUUAUCAAGUAGUGCAAAGAUCACUUUCGAUUAUUAUGAAGUAAUGAAAAAUAAGAUGAAAUCAUCCGACCAACGGGUCGGGUAAAAGCUAGUAUAUAUAGUGGCUACUUCGGUGUACUUACUUUUUUGGGUGCACUCAAUGCAACCAACUCUAAAAGCGUCCAUAAUACAUUAAAUUUUGAACUUUAAUUAGUACUCUCAAUAUAAUAUGAUGAUAUGACAUAGAAUCAUAACAAAUCAAUCCAUUGCCCUAAUCUCUUAACAUUCAAUUUUGAAUCUCAACCCAAAAUCCCAAAUUAUAAACCCUAAUCCUAACCCUAAAUCCCUAAAUCCUAAAUCCUUCGAAUUAAAAUAAAUUUUAAAUGAAAUUUUUUCAAAUUCAUGUGCUUCUUGUUCAUAAUAUCAUAAGCAACAAUUGAUACCAUUUUGACAUGAAUCGCAUGGUCAGAAUGACAAUUAUGAGGCGGGUGCACUGAAUACGGCACCAUAUAUAUACAUAUAUGGUUCAGCCUAGCGUACGACAGGUGUACACUAUACGCUUGUGUUCACACUCAAAAAUUAAUUAUUAAUUAUAAUUACAUUAAUUAUUUUAAAAUGACAAAUACAAUCGCAUCAAUUAAUUUAUCUUUCUAUAUGAUGUAUUCCCAAAGCAUAUAGAAAAAAAAAUUAUAAUCACAUCCAUUUAAUCAAAACGCCACUUAUUUCAUAUAAAAAACAUAGCCCACUUAUUUGUGUUUGCCAUAAGUACGACCCAAAAUCAGGAACCCAUUAAAACCAAAGCACACCACAGUCUUCCAUGUGGCUGUGUUCCGAUCUAAACCUCCCCUGCAUAUUUGUUCUGCAAGGAAAAGAGCGGUGACACAAAUUAACAGUUCAAACACAGCACACAAAACCAGAAAAUUAAAAAAUUAAACCAAUUCACUCUUACUAGAUUUUAGAACUGCAGAAGUCGCUUCAUGAUUCAAUUGGAUAUCCUUAUCCUUUACACCUCUUAGUCAAACUCCGCUGCAGAUUUUGAUACAAAACAGAGCACGCACGCAACAACAAAAUAAUUGGAAAUUGAAAUGCAUAAUACGAACGAGACACACAAUAUUUUAACACCGUUGAGAAAUUUAACCUCAACGCUAACUAUUCCAUGGUUCAAAGUUCGGAAUUAUUAAUCAACUCGUCGAUGAGGGCCUCUUCUGCUUGCUUUCCUUCGGUUCUGUUGCUGGGCAUAAUAAUCUCUUCUUGCCUUGUUAUUUACCCAUCUGAAUUAUAACUGUUGCAGACCUCUAUCAUUUUUCUGCAAUGCCCAUGAAGAUUUUAUUUGGAGAUGUGCAAUUAUACAUAUGCAAUUAUUCAACUGUUCCAAGGAUUUCAAACAAGCAAGACCCUCAAUCUCCCACAUAUUUGGAGCAUCAGUGACGGAUAACAAUUUUAAUUGCUUCAACGAUACCAUCCUUGGAACAAUUGCAUCUGUAUAAUUGCUCAUGCAUCUUUGGAAAGACUGGCUGCGGAUGAGCUAUCAGGUUUGAAGAAAUUGAGGAAGGUAGGUUAAAGGUUUCUCGCGGCAACCAGAGUGAUGGCAUUCAAAGGGGACGCUAAGGUUUAUUCCGUUGUGCGACAUUCUUGAGGAAGGCAAAGGAAUUGAGAAGGAGGAUUUAACAAGGGUAAAAAAGAUUAGGAGUUAGUGGGUAAUGGAGGUUGAAGGAGAUUGAAAAAGAUAAAGGAUAAUUAGCAGGUACGAUGGGUGGGAUGGGGGUAAAAGUAAUUUGAGUGUUUAAACUCCAGAUUGGGAGAAUUAGUUACAUACUAUACAAUGAUUAUUUAGAUGAAUGAUUUUUUUUUUGGUUGAAAUUGAUGAAUGAUUUUUUUUUUAGAUGAAUGAUUUUUGCAUAGGAUAAAAAAUAUUGAGUGACUAAAAUGUACAAAAAAUUAAUUAAUGGGCGCAAUUGAAAUUAUAAUCACCAUUUAUAAUUAUUUAUUUAUAAUUAAAAAUGUAAUUACAAGUGUGAACACAGGCAUACAGUGUACGCCUGACGUACGCUAGCCUUUGCUAUAUAUAUAUACAUAUGGUGCCUUCUACCAUACCCCGGGUGGAAUGCGGGGUACCGCAUAUCUUGAUUAUGAAAACGCUAUCUAGACCUCGAAUUAGCAGGAUUUUUGGGCAUGAUACUAUACUCUAACCCUUAAUGAGUGAACCAUAGGUUCUAAUUAUCUAAAUCAUAAACUAUAAACCCUAAGAUUGUGCAUUGAUAUUUUUGUCUAUAUUUGGAUGAAUCAUAACCGUCGAUUAUUGUUUCUAAUUAAAUUGAUCUUGGGGUAUAAGGUUUAGAGAAUUAAGACCUAGAUUUUGA